CAUGGCGUAUGGGAGAUGGUAAAACACCUGUAUUUCAAGACUUCUAUACUAUUCUUGCUGGGAUAGAAAACAUCUACAUCAGAGCAAAGUAUACUUCAUUAGAAGGUACAAGUUCUAAUUUGUAUGCUGUACGCCUGGACUAUUCUGUUGCAAAUGCGUCUCUGUCUGAUACACCAAUUGACAAUGCUGAACUAUGUACAUGUCCACCAGAGUAUACAGGCACGUUUUGUGAGCAGUGUGCUGUUGGAUACACAAGAGAUGACCCAUCAAUGGGGCCAUUUGCCACGUGUAUACCAUGUACAUGCAAUGAACACAGUGAGCGUGGAUGUGAUCCGGAUACUGGUGUGUGUGUAGAAUGCAUUCAUAACACGGCUGGGGAUCAGUGUGAAGUAUGUAAGCCUGGUUACUAUGGUGACGCUGAGGGUGGAACGCCUGACGACUGUCAUCCAUGUAUGUGUCCCGGUCCGGCAGGGGAGAAUUCAUUCUCUGACGUGUGUGUCGCCGAUAGCCUUGCAGAAAUGGGAUUCAAUUGUCAAGACACCUGUGCUGUUGGUCAUCAGGGUGAACGCUGCGAGACAUGUGAGACAGGUUACUAUGGAACACCAGAAGAUUAUACAAAUGAAGGUGGAGUAUGCCAGGAGUGUUUCUGUAAUCUCAGUCCCCAGGAAUGUGAUAGUGUAACCGGGCAGUGCUCUACCUGCUGGAAUAAUACUGAAGGACUUCACUGUGAAGUCUGUAAAUUUGGAUUUUGGGGAACAAUUGAUAACUGCCAAGCAUGUGAUUGUGACUUAGUCGGUGGUUAUGGCAACUGUAGCCAGGAUACCGGGUUAUGUAUUUGUAAACCAAAUGUGGAAGGUGAUAGGUGUACUGAAUGUGCUGAUAGGAGCUGGGGAUUUGAAAGUGGAGAUGGCUGCACUGAAUGCGACUGUCAUAGCAUUGGGACACUACCAGGACACUGGCAGUGUGAUCCUGCAACUGGUCAAUGUGAUUGCAAAGAGAAGGCAGUCGGUCUUCAGUGUGAUCAGUGUAUGGAUGGAUAUUAUGAUAUUGACAUUGAAUGUACAAUGUGUAAUUGUAAUGUGAAUGGUUCAUCUGAGAUUAGCUGUGAUUUGGAAACAGGACAGUGUUAUUGUAAUAAACCCACAAUUGCUGGGAGAACCUGUGACCAGUGUGGAAGAGUCGGAGAAGAUAGUAACUUAUUUGUUGAUGAAGUGUUCACAGGUCCAUGGCCUGAUUGUGACCCAUGUCCAGAGUGCUUCUACAACUGGGCGGAAUCUAUCCAAGAAGUCGGCGACCAGUUAAAUGAACAGUACGCGAUAACUUUGGAUUUGUUAGAGAACUAUGAUAACAUGCCUGUGAGUCUUGUAGACCAGAUUAUAGUUGACAUACAGGGUAAUCUCUCCUAUGCCGAACAAGUUCUCGCUGAUGCUGCCGAUGAGGUCAGAAAGUUGUCUGAAUUAAACAAAGGUUUUGAGCAGAUCCAGUUUGAAGUAGGAAAUUUCACUGAAAUCCUGGAUAACAUUCAAGUGAAAGCUCUAAAUGUCACUCUAGGUCUUGCUCAGAUCUCAACAUUUUACGGAAAUGUUGAAGUCGCUCCGGGAGUUUUCAAGACUCCUACUCAGAUUCAGAAUGAUCUUGCAAUUCCUUUAGCUACACAAGAAGCUUACUUCAGCAGUGCGAACACUUCCUGGUUCCAUAUACAAGAAUUAUACAACUCUGUCCAGGGAGCGGGUACCCGAGUGCAGACUCUGACUAAUGAAGUCGAUAACCUUCUCAGCAUUAUACAAGUAGCUGAGUCUGAACGAGAAGCUGCUGACAUACUGAUCAAUAAUAAUAUAUUAUUAAACGAGAACAUUCAGAAUACUGUUUUACUGACUGAAAUUGACAACAUUCAAAGUGAAUAUCCUGUCACCGAAGUUCAGGAGAAAGUGGAUCAGGCAUACUCUAAUGCAGUGAGUGCAAACAUCUCGGCCAAUAGUGCUAUAGUCUAUGCUGAAACUCGUCUAGAUGAAGCCACAGCUAAGGCUUACAGCAGUCAGAUAGCUAAGUACAACACAACUAUGGCAGAGACUUCUACAUUGAAGGCACAGAGUGCUGCUCUUACCUAUAAGGAUGCUGCAACAUGGGCAUAUAGCAACAUGAGUCAGUACUAUGUAGAUAUGUUGGAUGCUUACAGCCGACUACAAACAUCACAGGCACAGACUGCUUCUAUGCAGGAAGUCUCCACUCAAAUACUGGGGAUGACCGUGCCUGGUGUGGAUGGUAUGGAAACACUAACGGAACAAAUACUGCAAACUGAUAUCUCAGAACAAAUAGUGGCUGACACAUUGGCAAGUGCUGAAGCCACUCUGAAUAAUGCAAACUCUGCCCUCAAUGUGUCACUGGAAGCAGAGACUGAAGCUCAGGGUGCUCUAGCAUUGGUACAGGGCAUAGAAAACACUUUAAAAGAAGCGGAGAAUGUACGAGCUGCUGCUGUAGAAAGCCUAGCACAAACUGACAGUAAUAUCACAAACGUCCAUGAUGUGUCAAAUGAAGUCAUAGCCAAAGGGGCAUUAGAAGAAACCAAAGGACAGGCAGCCUUGACAAUGAUUGCACAGAUACGUCUAGACAUUCUACAUGCUGGACAGUGUUUUGAUGAGGAAUUAUCACGAGCUAAUACCGCUGAAGCAGGGGCCAAUCAGGCUAAAGCAAAUUCAGAGGAAGCAGUGGAGUCAUACACAGUCAAUGCUGCAGCACAGUCAUCAAUUAGUGGACAAGUAGACACUGUCUUAGUUGAGAAAGUCAUUGAGUACAAUGAAGUAAAGACUGUUAGUGAUUCGGCGAAGUCACUGAUGAAUGACAUCACAGCAACAGCAAUGAUGGAAGAUCUUCAAGCUCUUCUUCAGCAAUACAUAACUCAGCGCACUGAAAUGGACAUGCUAAUGGCACAAAUGCAGCAAAUGGAAGAUGACUUAGAUGGUCUUUUAACAAAUAUAGAGGGUUCUGAAGGUGCUAGUAUUCAGUGUGAUGAAUAAGCAACCAUGAGAUUAUGAUUUAUAACUGAAUACCCCUUUUUGAUUGCCUGCAAACAAAGUCUAGAAAAUCUGAUUCUUUUUUACUGUAAAAAAAUGAAAAUAAAAAAAUCAUGCAAUCCAAAUUGAAAUCUUAUAUUUCAGCAAUGUUAUUAGAAGUUCGACAAAUUUAUUGGGAUUUAUUUCUACAUUUUUUAUAUUUCUUUCACUGCAGUAUUUGGUGAUGGAUCAUACCUUGUAAGUAAAAUUAUAAAUAUUUUUUUUUAAUGAUACAUAUCACUUUUCCAUUGUAACAUAUAGGGCAUUUAGUUUUGAAGUGGGCAUUAUGUAAAUCCUACAGGAAUGUAAUCCUGUAGAUUCCCAUAGACAUAUUUUUCAAUAGUUGAACAAAAUCUAAAGAAAAAUGUUGUUACCUUUUACAAAAUAAAACUGCAUACUUUUUUCUCAAAAAAUUGUCGUCAGGACCUACUGCCAAUGUGUCAGUUAUGUUCAAUUUGGUUCAAAAAAAUAACUGAAAUUAUAGAAAAAUUCAAACUUUACAUACAAAUUUUGGCGGGGAAAAGGUAUGGCAUUUAAAGGGUUCGGUAGAAUUUGAUUGAAGUGUAACAUUUAUCAAUAUAUGCGUAAUUUCCUCAAUUUAUAAACGUGUCAAAGUCUUCCAAAAUUCCA